CCAAGUCAAAACCCCAGUCGCCUUCUAGUCUCAUGGCCUCCUCCGCCUCGCCGCCCCUCCUCCCCCUCUCCACCGGCCAAUCCGCCGCCGGCGCCGAUGCCACUGCCCCGAUCUCCACCCCAGCCUCCCGCCGCUUCCUCUCCCGCCUCUCCGACUCCAUUCGCCGCUCCCUCGCUAACCGCCGACCCUGGUCGGAGCUCAUCGACCGGUCCGCCUUCUCCCGGCCGGACUCCCUUGCCGAGGCCGCCUCCCGCGUCCGCAAGAACCUCGCCUACUUCCGCGUCAACUACCUCGCCCUGCUCGCCGCCGUCCUCGCCCUCUCCCUCCUCUCCCACCCCUUCUCCCUCUUCGUCCUCCUCUCCCUCCUUGCCGCCUGGUGCUUCCUCUACCUCUUCCGUCCCGCUGAUCCCCCGCUCGUCAUCCUCGGCCGCACCUUCUCCGACCGUGAAACCCUCGGCGCCCUCGUCCUUCUCACCAUCCUUGUCGUCUUCCUUACCUCCGUCGGAUCCCUCCUCAUCUCCGCCCUUAUGGUCGGCGUUGCCAUUGUCGCCAUCCACGGGGCCUUCCGGGUGCCCGAGGACCUCUUCCUCGACGACCAAGAGCCCGGCGCCGCCACCUCCGGGUUCCUUUCCUUCCUCGGCGGAGCCGCUGCCUCUGCCGGCCCUGCGGUCGGCAUCUGAUGUGGAUCUGACGGUCAUGUGGUUACAUUCAUUGAGGUUGGUUACGUAGGGCAUUCCCUUCUCUCCCCAUUACCUUGUAUUGGUAUUUGGUAGGUAGGAGAAGGAAGAUAUUCUUGGAAAAUUAGGGUUCUUUAUGUAUAUCCACGGAUGAUUGGUUCGAGAGAGGUAUAGAACUCUGGAUUCAUGCAACUUUUUUUGGAAUUGUUCUCCGAGUGCAUCAGUGGAAUUGUUUCAGAUCUAUUGAAGAAUCUUUGCUGAUAUGUAUUAGUCUCGUUAAUCCCUGUGUUAUGCUUU